AUGGUGUUCGUAUCGCUUCGGACCCAUCCAUUGGUCCCAGCACUAAUCGUGCUGUCUGUAUGUGAUCUGCUCCAACUCACACUUACUGUAUUUGUACUAUUCAUUCCUGCAUUACAUGAUUUUACUAAUGCCGAACGAUUCGGUGCCUUAGGGCAAAUAGCCUACUUGUCAACCGGGCUACUGUCGCCUCUGUUAUUAGCGUUCAAUUGUGCGAGUAUUUGGACAAUCUGUUACAUCUCAAUAAAGCGUCAUAAGGCGAUCCUUCGACCAUUAUCAUCAAUUCACGCACCAUCACGACCAUUCUCUCCAUUGUUGGCGAUCGCAGCCGCUGCGCUAAUCUUCAAUGGCUCAAAAUGGGCUGAAUUUCGAUGGCAAUGGCUUGACGUAGAAGUGGACAAUGUGACACGGAAGUUUCUCGCUCAUGAACCGUCGGAUCUUGCCUAUAACGAGACCUACAGACAAAUGUUCGAUCACAUACUGUAUCCGGUUUUGGUCUAUCUUAUACCGUUGUUACUAUUAUCGGUAUUAAACUUCCGGAUACUAUCACAUAUCUCUGCUCAACGUGUUGCAUUCGAUCAUAAGAGUCGAUUGGCUCAAGAACGACGUUCGGUUACUCUGCUCAUUUCCAUUGUCAGCUUAUUCUUCUUCUGUCAUACG